CCACAACACCAUAGAGAGCUCGAAAACGACCGAGUCAUUGACAGCCCAGUCGUGAUCGAAACGCGAACCGAGCUCUAACUUACACCUCCAUCCAUCAUCAACCUUUCUUUACCUCUGCUUUGGCGCUUUGGGUCCUUUACGACCGAAACCUACUCUUGACACCUCGAAAUCAUCUUGACAUUUCACCCAGCUACGACAGAUACAUCAUGCAAGGGAUACGGGGUUUUGAACCUUAUCUCCGUGAACGUAAACUCAUCCAAUCCGCCCCUCUCUCCAGUCUCUCACAUACAAGACUAGGGAUAGACGCAUCUCUUUACCUCCGUAAUCUUCUCUCAGACCCUACCGCCCGUGAACCAUUAGUAGCAUCUACAGGUGGACUCCCUCUCGCUCUCACAGCAAGGGUCGAAAAUGAUCUUCGAACACUUGAAAGACUUAACAUCAGACCUGUCUUCGUAUUUGCCGGUUUACCAACUUGUACUCGUGCACCUCCCAAAGGUUUAGAUCCGGGACAAGAGAGAGAUAGAGCUGUGAAAGCUGAAGCUUGGGGAUAUUAUGAGAAUGGGGAAGUUGAAAGAGCUGUUUUGGCUUUGAGUCAAGUUAGAGGAGGUGCUUGGACGGAUGCUAGGGAUGUUGCAAGGUUGAUUAUGAGAACUUUUAAACAUAGACAGGUGGAAUAUGUUGUGGCUCCUUACUUGCAGUUUGCCCAGCUCACAUACCUAUUGCAACAUCAAAAAGGAUACAUUCACGCCAUAUACUCUUCCACCGAAUGUCUCCUAUGGCCCAUCGACAAACUCAUCAUAUCCAUAGAUCUUUCACAAUCCACUUUCACAUUCCUCGAAAAACCUCGUAUCCUCUCCGACCUCGCCCUGAACGAAGAUCAAUUCCUAGAUCUUGGUCUUUUGGCAGGUUGUGCACUCACCCGUACUUUCCCACCCGCUUCACAAGACUUUACUAUGCGUUCAAUCGUCGAUCUUGUUCGUCAUUGGAAAUCAGGUGUUGCAGCUUGUCAAGCUUGGCGUGCUGAUCCAAGCGUCAAAACUCAAUCUUAUGGGGAUGUCUUUAUGCGUGCGAGAUUAGCAGUGAAAUAUUCUUUGAUUCUCACGACUGAAGGAGCAUGUGUCCCACUUCCUCUGGCUGUACCACCCGUUCAAGCCGCUAUCUCGCCGGCGGACGUACCAGGUGAUUUGGAUGAGAUUUUCAGUAUGAGAUUACCGGAUGAAUUGUAUUGUCAUAUAUGUCGAGGAUUGGUGAGUCCUCAAGUCGUUGGAUGGUUGAGUGGUGGACAAUUGGCGGAAAAUCAACCUUUGGCGGAUUCAGCAGAAUAUAGGAGGUUUAUCAAGGAUGUUAUUACCGAAGGAGCAACCUCUCCUAGGUGUACAACUUUGGCUCUGUUAGCUGAUGGUUUACAUCCUCAAUGGAAAACACGAAGAGUUACCGCUCAAUACUACUUCGACGUCGUACAGAUUCCUCCUGCCGGUCAUUUCAUACCUUUCUCAGACAAAGUAACUCAAAGUCUUGUGGACAAAUGCUCAAAUUGGAUCGUACCAGCUGGGAUCGUGGAGAAUGAGCUGCGGCGACAAUCUUCUUCAACCAUUGAUCUCAAACUGUGUGUCGGCGCUUUGGCGACUGAUGAGCUGGCUGCAUUGACUCGACGCGGUAAGAAUGAAAAGAGUCAUCGACCAUUGGACAAGAAAGACGAAGUCGUGGCGAAUGUCAUUUGGCGUUUGUUGGAUGCCCGAGGAUUCAUAGCGGCCAACCAUACCCUAUCCAUCAUGGGCAAAGCCCUUCACGCGGCUUGUACCCAUUCUCACAUUAAUGAUCGAUUCCAAGAAGCUACCUAUCUCGUUCUUGAGCUAAUUCGAGCUGGCGUUGUUCAUGGUGGUCCUUGGGGUGGACCGAAUGGAGAUAUUUUGUCCGGUGGUCCUAGCAUCGGGUCAGAAGAAGAACAACGUAGCAUGUUAUUGAUCAUGCGUUGUUUGAGUGUUUUGCAACUUAAUUUCAGGCCACAACAAUGGUCAGGUCCACUCUCACGUGAAUUACUGGUAUUCAAUUCUUUCGUCAGAGCUCUAUCUAAAUCCCUUCGUCAUCUACUCGAAGCUCUUCAAGUUCAUAUUCUCCUUUCCGGUGACGCAAGACGUAACAGAGAAGAUCAAUUAGAUCUAAUGAUUUCCGUUCCGUUCCAAACUGAACCCAACACUGGAUUUGGUAUUUUGGCAAAAACAUAUUUGGACGCGACUAUCAUUUACUUUGGGGAUACUAUCACUUUGGAAAGUGUGGAGAAAGACUCGGCUGGUGUGAAGACUGCGAAGAAGGAAGCUUUGAGUUUUGUUGAACAGAGCUUUUCGGGAGUUAAAGGACCUGUUCAGGAAGUUGAGAGGGGUUUCAGGUUUUGGGAUGCUAUAAUGGUCGCCAUCAGAACUUUGGCAAAAGAACAAGGCCCAUCUCCAUCCCUCACAUCAACCAUCAUCUCCCCUGCAAACGUGGAAGAGUUCGAACGUGCUGAUCGAUGGUUGAAACCGAUGCGACCUUGAUGAGUUCUUAGGGAGUGAGGGGUAACGCUCUUAAUCAUGAUCAUGGGGAUUUGAAGGAUUUGUGAGGGACGGAAUCGAGAGAAAAAACGUCUUCACGAUGCAUGGCAUGAUUCUG